UCCUAAAUAUGUUACUUUAAUUCAAAAAAGGAAAUAAAAUUAAUAAAAAAAUAUUACCCUAAUAGGCUAAUUUUUCAUCAUUAUCAACUUUUCAGGCGCCGAGAGAGAACAACUGCAGAAGAGUGAAGAAUUCAAAGUUCGUUGCUUUUUUGAGAAUUUUGAUUUUGAUUUUUGCUUUUGUGGUGAACUUAUUAGGGUUUUAUUGUUAAUGGGUAGCUUGAUGGAGAAGGUAACGAGUGGCUUAGAGCUUGUUGAUUUAAGCAAGCGUAACUUCCGCAAAACCCUAGAAUCUCUCCAAGAAGGUGCUCAUUCGCUUCUUCUACUUACAAUUCAAUGGAAAGAGAUCGAAUCGUAUUUCGAGUCCACAAGAAACGUCCUCGAGGAACGAGCCAAGGAGUUGGAGGAAUCGAUGAAGGUUAAAGCUUUGGAAUUGGAGAAGAAGGAGAAGGAGCUUUGUUUGAUUGAUGAGUCGAUGAAAGCGAAACAGAGCGAGCUCGAGAAGAAGGAGAAGGAGCUUUGUUUGAUUGGUGAGUCGAUGAAAGCAAAACAGAGCGAGCUCGAGAAGAAGGAGAAGGAGCUUUGUUUGAUUGACGAGUCGAUGAGAGCGAAACAGAGCGAGUUCGAGAAGAAGGAGAAGGAGUUUGAUUUGGAACAGAAGGCAGAGUUUGAGAAGACGAAAGGAGAAGUUGAACAAUUGGAGAAGUUUACGACGAGGAUGGAAUCGGUGGAGAGGUUUUCUGAUGAGAAGUUGAUGGAACUUGAUGUCAGAGCAAAAGAGCUUGAAAAGAAGGUGAAAGAAGUAGAGAAGCAAAGAGAAGGGAGUGUCGCCGGAGGUAAGUUGAGAGAUGAAUUUGAGCCAUUGGUUUCGUUGUUAGCUAAGAACAUGGGCUCAAGUGUGACAAUGCCUGUAAAGUGUUCAGCUUUAUACCUGAAAGAGAAUGCAAAAGAUUUUGUAGAUGAUUUGGUUAAGAAAAACACAGCUUUGGCGAGAAUGGUUCCGUAUUUGGAUCCGGCAAAGGUUAUUUUGGAUGCUGUAGAAGGGUCUUUGAAGGAGUACUGGAAUAAAGGUUUAGGAGAAGCUGAUGAUAGAGUAGUUAAUAGUUGCAUUGUUCUGUUAGAGAAUCUGUUACAGAUGAAUCGGAGAAUCACACCGGAGGUGAAACAGGAAGCGACUCAACUUGGGAUUGAUUGGUUAGGCAAGGAAAAAGCCAAUCUGAAUAAUGACCCGCGGGUUUUAGGUUGCUUGUUGUUUCUGGCUGCUUACGGUUUGGCUUCUGUGACUACUAGUGAGGUGCUCUUAACCCUUUUAGAGCGCUUUCUUUUGUAUGAUCAUGCCCCGAAACUGUUUCGGCUUCUGGGGUUAGAAGAUAAAGUUUUUGGUGCGGUUGAAACGCUAAAGAAAAGGGAUGAGUAUCUCGCAACACUGAACUUUAUCUGUGAAUUCCGGUUAUACAAGCUUUGUCCAGGAAAUCGACCAGGAGAACUUUUGCUUGAGUUCUUGAUUUCCUCAAAUAAAGCUGCCCAAGUGAUUGCUGGGACUGGAACUUCGGUGGAGGCACAGAAAGCAAGGAGGGAGAAGAGAAGAGCUGAUGCAGUCAUGGCCAUUAAGUACAUCAAAGAGGCGAAAGCUGAGAAUAUGUUUCCUGCUAAAAUUCUUAAAAAGCUGAUUGUACUGAAGAACGAUGAAUCAGCUCAGAGAGCAACGGAACCAGUUCAUAAAAGUUAUGACAAAAGACAGAGUACGACCAAAGCGGUAGGGAAACCUGAAGCUAAAUCUAUUAGUCCAUAUGAACAGAAGCGUGAAAUUAAACGUCCAAGACUAACUGAACCAACAGCUCCUUCUCUGAAUUUAACAGUGAAGCAGCCCGAGGGUGUGUCCGCUCCUUCUGGUAAGCAGGUUAAAGAAUCUGGAGUAAAUCAUCAGCCAGACACUAUAACAACUCAUCCAGCAAGUACUGAAACCAAGCCUAACAUUCUCUCUGGUUCCAUUAACGCGGACAUGUUAAGGGAGCUAGUAGAAAAGCAACCUCUAAAGGAGAGUGAGGGUCUCUCCAAUGCUCUGAAAUGCACACCAGAUCCAGCAAAGCUUGUUCUAGACACAUCCAUGGUUCUGUGUCCUACAAACGCCGAGGGGGGAUACGAGUUCAAGCUGCUGGUUACUACAGCUAGCUGCUCUUUAUUGUUCAAUCAGCUGAAGAAGCUCCUGCCUAAAAUUGGACAUCCUGUGAAAGGCGAUGCGAAGAAACUUGCCAUUUACUGGAAAGAUAAGAUUUCAAAGAGCAAAAGAGAUGAAUUGGAAGUCAUUUGCUUUCUACAGUUUGUGGGUAUCUUUGGAAUUGUGUCAGAGUUCAAGGCUGAUGACCUUCUUGGUCUACUGGACAAUUCUUAUUGGCAAACUGUAUCUCCUGAUCUUUGCCAGUUUCUCGGGUUGGACAACGCCAUUCCAGGUUUCAUUCAAAAUCUCAUAAAAACAGGACAUCGAAUCAGGGCAAUAGACUACAUAUACUCAUUUGGUAUGGUCCAUAGAUUCCAACCUGUAUCCGCUAUUAUAAACGAUUCCUUGAGGAUUAUAAAGGAAUCUGCAGAGAAGUCGUAUAGAGAAGCCAAUAACGAAUCUGCAAAGCAGGUUGCAGCCAUAGACAGACAAGUUAGAGCACUUAGAGCCGCCAUUAAAUGCAUAUCGUGCCACAAACUUGAAUCAGAGUUCCAACUCGGAGACCUCGAAGAACAAAUCAAGUCGCUUUUGAAGCUUAGAAGAAACACAGUUAGUGGAUCUGAAUCCGGAUCCACAUCGUCCAAACCUGAUUCGACAAUCAAACAAUCUCAGACGGCAAAACCACCAACUGUAGUAGAGGUUGCUUCUGUCACUAGCAACAUACCUUUGGAACCUUCAACAGAAGCUGCAUCCUCCUCUGUGAGCAAACCGUUUUCAACGAAGAAGAAUAAGAGAGGGAAAAAACGCAGCCUGUCAGGAAACAAUCAGAGCUCAGGACAUGUUGCGUCGCACACGAGCAAUCACUUUCCCAACCAUGACUAUUCCCUGGAUCAAAGACAAACUUGGCCGGUCGACAACGACGACAGAGGUUUCACCGGAUUUCACGCAGACUACAAUUAUAACCAGUGGAGACAACCAGAGGGAUCCCAAUUUUACCAACAUUAUCAACCUUUAAAUCCUCACUACAGGAACUUCUAGCCGCUCCUUUACUUUUAAAGUCUCUUGGUUUUCUUUUGUUUUUUGUUUUUUUUGCAGGAUUGCUAGAUUUGAUUCCACCGCUAUUUUGUUCACAAAUUAUAAUCAUUGUCAUUGUUAUAUAAUGUGAAAUUAUAAAAACUCACAUAAAUGGUAUAUAACUUUUUGACGUUUAA